CUCUGCAUCUGAAAUCUAAUAGCUAGAAUAAAAGGCAUCAUACCUACUGAGCAGAGAUUCUCUGUAAACCUUGCUGAAUUGCCCUGGCCAUCCUUUUCCCUGGUCAUAACAUACAGAGAGAACCAUAAUGGACCAAGAAGAACAUACCACCACGGAUUAUUUCUACAUAUCCGAUUUUUAUUUUCACAUGACACCACCAUGCUACAAGAAUGAAGUCAGAAACUUUACAAAAACUUUUCUACCUAUUGCCUAUUCACUGAUAUGUGUCUUGGGCCUUGUGGGCAAUUCAUUUGUUGUGAUGACAUUUGCCUUCUAUAGGAAGUCCGAUUCUCUGACUGACAUAUGCCUCUGCAAUAUGGCUAUUGUAGACAUCCUGUUUGUUCUCACUCUUCCUUUCUGGGCAGUAAACUAUGCUCUGGACCAGUGGAUCUUUGGUGACUUCAUGUGCAAGCUCAUCAAAGGUAUUUAUGCAAUUAACUUCAACUGUGGCAUGUUGCUCUUGGCCUGUAUAAGCAUGGACCGAUACAUUGCCAUUGUGCAAGCAACAAAGUCAUUUAAGUUUCGGAUAAGGACUCUGGCAUACAGUAAGAUCAUCUGCUUGGCUGUGUGGGUAUUAUCAAUUGUAAUCUCAAGCUCUACUUUCAUGUUCAGCCAAAGCUACCCCCUUUCUACCAAUAACACAAAGUACAUUUGUGAAUAUAAAUCCAAUACAGAGUCUGAUAACAUGUUGAAGCGGAUGAUAUUAGCUCUGCAGCUUUUAUUUGGAUUUUUCAUCCCUCUGCUAUUCAUGUUUUUUUGUUAUACUUUCAUUGUCAAAACCUUAGUGCAGGCUCAGAAUACGAAAAGAAGCCAAGCCAUACGUGUGAUUGUCUCAAUUGUGAUAGUUUUCUUGAUAUUCCAAGUCCCUUAUAACAUUGUCCUUCUUAUGAGAGCUGUGUCAAUGGGGAAACUGGAUAAAUCUUGUUGGAGUGAAAAACAAAUGGCCUAUGUGAAAUAUAUAACCGAAACUCUGGCCUUCUUACACUGUUGUAUGAAUCCUGUACUCUAUGCUUUUAUUGGGGUAAAAUUCAGAAAUUAUUUUGUGAAAAUAAUGAUCAGUCUCUGCUGUGGGAGAUCCAAGAAAUCUAGAGGCACCAAUUAUUCAAAAGGGAGUUCGGAUGCUGCUCAUUCUAAGCAGACAAGUGAAAUGUGUAACUGAUGCAGUAGAGUUACUCUGUGUACAUCAGUAUUAUAAUCCCCUUCACCAAGUAACAUUAAUCAUGCCACAAAAUGAGAUACUGGCCCCGUUUGUA